AUGGCCGCUGCGAGCCCAGGGCGCAACGCCCACGCAGUAUGGCUGCUGCUGACGGCGUUGGCGCGGCCACUUACCAUCGCAGCUCAGACCACGACGGAGACCUCGACGGUUACUCAGCAGCCUUACUCGCUGCUGCCGCCGGACGAGAGCUGCGCGUCCUACGUGCUCGACGACGUGCUCAGUGAGGCUGAAUGCUUCGGAGUUGCUCGGAGCCAUAACCGAGUUGGCCUUGGCGACAAGAUUACGUUGGGGGAGUCCAUCUUGGCAGGAAUGAGUUUUUAUGGAUGUGUCUACAACAGCGCAGCGGAUUAUGUGAUGUUCAACACUCAGGGAGGAACUCCAGGCUUCACAGCGUCUACGAUACAAUAUAUCUGCCCUGGCGUGGCAACCACAACCACUACUUCGGCAACUUCGUCAACCACGGUAUCUACCGAAACUGAGUCAUCCUCGACGGUGUCAACCCAGACUCUCACAACUACAACGACCACUACCACUACGGUCACGACGAGCACUUCCUCGGGCACUUCAACCACAACGAGCUCGACCACCAGCUCGACGACCCGCACCUCGUCAACGUCAACAACCUCCACCACCACAAGGACCACGUCGACCUCCACGACAUCGACCACUACCACUGGCACCUCGACAACCGCAACCUCGUCGACCAGCCUCACAAGCACGACAGUGUCCUCCUCGACCUGGACGUCUAGCUCGGUUUCAGUGUCGAGCACGACGACGGUCAGUUCGACCCUCACGUCCGUCAGCCUCACUUCGACCACCGCAAGCUCGAGCUCCAGCACCACUUCGGGCUCCAGCACAACGGUCUCUACGACCAGUGAGACCAGUAGCACGACGAUGAGCACCACGACGUGGAGCUCCACGACGCAGAGCUCAACGUCGCUGUCCACGGUGAGUGAGACAAGCACCUCGACCGCGACAAGCUCAUCAGGCUCCAGCAGCACCACGUUGACAAGCAGCAGCGAGACGAGCACCUCGACGGCCACCACCUCGACCGAGUCGAGCAGCACAUCGCUGUCGACUUCGACGAUGACGAGCACCUCGAGUGCAACGUCGAGCAGCGCGACGAGCAGCACGAGCAUUACUGCUACCUCGCCCACCAUGACCCACACGAGCACGGGCACAAGCAGCACGAGCAUGACGACCACCAGUGCGACCAGCAGCACUGCUACCAGCAGCACCCUGACGAGCAACACCCUGACCAGCACCACCCUCACAAGCACCACCGGGAGCAGCACCACUUCAUCCGCGAGCAGUACUACCGUGAGCAGUGUGACGGCGACGAGCUCCACAGAGAGCAGCACCACGCAGAGCAGCUCCACGACUGCAAGCACGCACACCGUCAGCUACACCCAGACGAGCAGCAUCUCGCUGACUACCACAUCGGGCUCGACCACGUCUGCCUCCUCGACUUCGGUGUCCACGACGACCGCCUCCUCCACCACGGUCUCAACGACGACGGAGUCGACGACUUCGGAGACGAGCAGCAGCACAUCUGCCUCCAGCACCACGGCCUCCAGCACAACUGGCUCCAGCACUUCUGCCACCACUGGCAGCAGCACAGCAACCACGGAGACCGCGACGACGAGCACCCGCACCACGGAGACCGCCACGUCGAGCACCACGGACACCGCUACGUCGAGCACCACGGACACCGCAACGUCGGGCACUACGAGCACCGUCACGUCGAGCACCACAUUUGCCACCGUGACCGCCACGUCAAGCACCAGUAUCACCGGCAGCACCACGAAAACGCAAACGAGCGCCACAGAGUCGAGCAGCUCCACCGUCAGCACGAAGUCUACCACCACCGAGUCGUCCACGACCGAGUCGUCUACGACCACGGUUUCGCGCACGUCGACGACAACCGUCAGCACGCUGACUACCACCACUGACUCGUCUACGACCACCGUGUCGACCACGCUGACUUCGUCUACUGCUUCCUCCACGACCACGAUCACAGCGUCGUUGACUACGACCACACCGACAAGCACGUUAUCUACUUCCAGCGCAACAAGUACCACUACAGUGAGCACCACUGACUCCAGCACAUGGACGUUGACUACCAGCAGCGCCACUUCACAGUCGACCACGACCGGGUCCUCGACGUCCUCGACGACGGUGCUCUUCGCGCUGCUGAGCGGCGGCGAGAGCUGCACGGGCUUCGGCGUUCAAGACGUCAUAGACGAGACCAUGUGCUUCACGAUCGGGAAGGGCCAUGUUGGCCUGAGCGAGAAGACCACGUUCACGCUCGCGGGUCUGCCCUUCUACGGCUGCGUGUACAACACGCUGUCGGACCUCGUCCUCUUCAGCCUGGACGGGGACCCCGGGGUGACCAACCGGAUAAUUUUCGAUUCAUUUGCAUCGGGCAGACAACGACGAGCACAACCUCUACCACCACUUCCAGCACAACAAGCAGCAGCACCACCACCACAACGAGCACCAGCACCACUACGGUCACAACUAGCACCUCGACUACGAGCACCACAUCAUCCACAUCGUCGACUACGACGACUCUUACAACCAGCACUUCGACAACUAGCACAACCACGUCCUCGACUACCAGCUCCUCAACCACGACUGUUAGUACGACCACCACGUCAACCACCACCCUCACUACAACAACCACGUCAUCAACAACCUCGACGACCACGACGACUUCCACCACAACGUCAACCUCUUCGACUACGACCACUACCACAAUAUACAUCACAUUCAAGGACGAGGACGCGGACCUCGGCGAGAUCGGAGGAUACCUUACCUGGUCCUUCUUGCCCCCGGAGUACGCUAAUGUCACAAAGUACGAGGUCUAUCUUGCCGUCGACGAGGAUGGAGCAGGAGAGACAAUUUACAUCGGCAACACUACCGCCGACGUGA